CGCUUUGAUUUCGGGCACCUCCAACAGAUAAUUGGGAAGGGUUUCCAGAAGGUGGGAAAUGUCACCUGAUUCACACUGAACUUUUAAAAGCUCCCCACCCCCAAGGAGCCGCGCACACCCUUGCUCGCGGCCGCCCUCCCACUGCCCCACACACUGGGAGACCGCCCACCGCAAACCGCGGAGACCCCCGUCUAGAUUUAAAGCGCGGCUGCGCCCGGCUUCUGACGUCCAUUGAAUCGCGCGGGCGGCCGGCGGCGAGCGCGGGGCUGCGCCGGGAUCGCUGCGCCCUCCGCCGCUCGCCUUUGCGACGCGCGCCGCUCGCCCGAGCCACCCGCCGCCGCGCCCGCUCCCCGCGCCGCCGCAUUCCUCGCCCCGCGUCUGCCCCCACGAUGGUCGGUCCCAGGCACCAGCCCGGCGGGCUGUGCCUCCUGCUGCUGCUGCUCUGCCAGUUCAUGGAGGACCGCAGCGCCCAGGCUGGGAAUUGCUGGCUCCGCCAAGCGAAGAACGGCCGCUGCCAGGUCCUGUACAAGACCGAACUGAGCAAGGAGGAGUGCUGCAGCACCGGCCGCCUGAGCACCUCGUGGACCGAGGAGGAUGUAAAUGACAACACGCUCUUCAAGUGGAUGAUUUUCAACGGGGGCGCCCCCAACUGCAUCCCCUGUAAAGAGACAUGUGAGAACGUGGACUGUGGACCCGGGAAAAAGUGCCGAAUGAACAAGAAGAACAAACCCCGCUGCGUCUGUGCCCCAGACUGUUCCAACAUCACCUGGAAAGGGCCAGUCUGCGGGCUGGAUGGGAAAACCUACCGCAACGAAUGUGCACUCCUCAAGGCCAGAUGUAAAGAGCAGCCGGAACUGGAAGUCCAGUACCAGGGCAAAUGUAAAAAGACAUGUCGGGAUGUUUUCUGUCCAGGCAGCUCCACAUGUGUGGUGGACCAGACUAACAAUGCUUACUGUGUGACGUGUAACCGGAUUUGCCCAGAGCCCACCUCCUCUGAACAGUAUCUCUGUGGGAAUGAUGGAGUGACUUACUCCAGUGCCUGUCACCUGAGGAAGGCUACCUGCCUACUGGGCAGAUCAAUUGGAUUAGCCUAUGAGGGAAAGUGUAUCAAAGCAAAGUCCUGUGAAGAUAUCCAGUGCACUGGUGGAAAAAAGUGUUUAUGGGAUUUCAAGGUUGGCAGAGGCCGGUGUUCCCUCUGCGAUGAGCUGUGCCCCGAGAGUAAGUCCGAGGAGCCUGUCUGUGCCAGUGACAAUGCCACUUACGCCAGUGAGUGUGCCAUGAAGGAGGCUGCCUGCUCCUCAGGUGUGCUGCUGGAAGUCAAGCACUCCGGAUCUUGCAACUGAAUCUGCCCGUAAAACCUGAGCCAUUGAUUCUUCAGAACUUUCUGCAGUUUUUGACUUCAUAGAUAAUGUUUAAAAAAAAAUGUUUUUUAAACUUAUUGCAUAACAGCAGAUGCCAAAAACAAAGCAUCUCACUGCAAGUCACAUAAAAAUGCAACGCUGUAAUAUGGCUGUCUCAGAGGGCUUUGAAAACAUACACUGAGCUGCUUCUGCGCUGUUGUUGUCCAUAUUUAAACAACAGCUCCCCUGUAUUCCCCCAUCUAGCCAUUUCGGAAGACACCGAGGAGGAAGAGGAUGAUGAAGACCAGGACUACAGCUUUCCUAUAUCUUCCAUUCUAGAGUGGUAAACCCUCCACCAAUGUUCAGUGUUGAUAUAGCCUUUGGGCAAAAAAAAAAAAAAAGAAAAAAAAAGAAAAAAGAAAAGAAAAGAAAAAAUAUAUUGUCCAUACUGUAAAUAAGUGUAUGCUUAUUUAUUUGGGGGGAAAACUAUACAUAAAGGACGUUUGUCCUAGAGCUCUCUCCCAGGCCACCUUGUUACUCAUUGGACACGGAGAGGCAGUCAUUGUGAGGUCUACUGGAUGAGGCCCAUAGUUGAGACUUGUAGACAUUUAUUUAUACUGUGUCAUGUUUUAUAAUUUAUACAUAAAAUGUCUGGUUGACUGUACACCUUGUUUUUGAAGAAAUUUAUUCGUGAAAGGAAGAGCAGUUGUUAUUUAUUGUGAGGUCUCUUGCUUGUAAAGUAAAAGCUUUUUUUUUUUUCCUUGUAAACCAUUUAAGUCCAUUCCUUACUAUUCACUCACUCAUCUGUCUCCCUUCAUCUCACUGUUGUUAGACUCUUUUCCACUUUAACAAACUUGCAUGUCAGUUUCUGUCAUGUUUUUUUAUUUAUUGGAUUCUCUGCUGCCUGUUCUGUACAUACAUGAUCCCUCGGGUUUUGUUUACAAGGAAUCUUGACUGACCAAAAGGCAUUAUAACUGACUCAAAUAGAAGGUACAGAGGAUACAUCUUUGAGGAAACUCCUAGUUCAGUUCUCUUGUCAUGAUUUGGGAGAGAAGGGGUGAUAGAAAUGUUAGAAUUCUAAUAAUGUACUUUUAAGAUGUUACAAAUCCAAAGAAAUUGAUAUGGGUAUCCGGAGACUGAAGGAAGGGAAUGCUAUACAUUCAACCUUU